UACUGUGCCGUUUUGUCUGUCUCUCAACUUAAAUAAUAACCUCCUUCAGUUUUCAGUCAUUUAAAUAGGCUACGGCCGAUAAUUAUUUUUUUCUAAAACAACAAAAUUUCAUCAAACUAUUUAAAUUACAAAAAACAAAAUACACAUUUACGAGAUGUAAAAAAAUGUGUUAACUUAUAUUAAUGUUUAAUAUCAAAUCUUAAAUAAAUAAGAAAAAAUAAAAUUAAAAAAAAACAACAAAGACCCCUGUUAAUGACAUCAACAUUUCUAAGCAACAAAAUAUCAUCCGUGUAAAUUCUUUGCAUCAAUAAAUUUUAGGAAAGCUUUAAAGAAAGUAUAUAAAAUAAUUUCAUUCGAAAACUGAUUUAGACGAUUAAAAAAAUGCAAGCAAUAAAGUGUGUUGUUGUUGGAGAUGGUGCGGUGGGAAAAACAUGUCUUUUGAUAAGUUACACAACAAAUGCAUUUCCUGGGGAAUAUAUACCGACUGUUUUUGAUAAUUAUUCAGCUAAUGUUAUGGUUGAUGCCAAACCAAUUAAUCUUGGUCUAUGGGAUACAGCUGGUCAAGAAGAUUAUGACAGAUUACGUCCCUUAUCAUAUCCACAAACGGAUGUUUUUCUAAUUUGUUUUUCUCUUGUUAAUCCAGCAUCAUUUGAAAAUGUUCGCGCAAAGUGGUAUCCAGAAGUUCGUCAUCAUUGUCCAAGUACACCAAUAAUACUUGUUGGCACAAAACUCGAUUUAAGAGACGAUAAAAAUACAAUUGAAAAAUUAAGAGACAAGAAAUUACAACCAAUUACUUAUCCACAGGGUCUUGCAAUGGCAAAAGAAAUUGGAGCUGUAAAGUAUCUUGAAUGCUCUGCAUUGACUCAAAAGGGACUUAAAACCGUAUUCGAUGAAGCAAUUCGUUCAGUAUUGUGUCCCGUAUUGCAGCCAAAAUCAAAACGCAAGUGUGCGCUCCUAUAAUUCAAAAAGAAUAAUUUUAGCUAGUGUUAGAAUUGAGGUCAUAAAAUAUAAAAAAAAAAUAAAGUCAAACAGAGCCGUUUGAGUUUUCUGUGUCGUCGCCCAUUUGAUGAAAAAGCAGCAAAAAAUUAAUAUAUAUGUGUUCUCUUCAUACACCAUACUGUCCUGGGAUUUUUGCUGUUUUUUCUUUCUUAUAUUUUUAAUUUUUUUUUUUAUUUAAAUUUUACAAAAGCUUAAUCAAUACUUAAAAAACAAAAUACCAAAAUCAGAAGUUAAGUAUAUGAUCAAUAAAUUUAAAUAAAAAAAACGUAUAUAAAUAGAAUCGAAAGCAUAAAAAUGUAAAUAUAUACGCAAAUUGUAAAAAAAAAAACAAACAUAAAAACAUUUUUUAGAUGUUUCUUUAUAUUUUUAUAAAACUCAAUGAAAUACAACCGGUGGCAACGUAUAAGUAUUAAAAAUUAUGAACUAAAAAAAAAAAACAAAAUACCAAAAAAUAAAGGACUAAAGGACAGGGAAAUAUAAAUAAACAAAAAAAAAAAGAAACCAAACAGAAGAUUAGAAGGACUAAAUUCACACUAAUUUGAACAAGCAAAUUAUUUAAAGAAAAAUAAAAUAUAUACAAAAAAAAAAACAGCUAGAGGUUUCUUAUACUGCCCAUAGUCUCGUAAAGGCCCUAACUACAAAAUUUUGAUUUUUUUGCAUAUUUGGAGUUAGAGUAUUGUCUCUGAUUUAUCCUCAUUUAUUUUUUUAGCCUAGGUCUUCAAACACGUCAGAAAAUUCAAAAUGUAUUUUUGAUUUUUUUCAUUUUUAUAUGCAAAUUGCGAUAUUAGAUUAACUGUUUCCCUCUAUAACUCAAAAGUAAGAAAAAUGUAGUUAGGGCCUUUACGAGAUUAUAGAUUAUAGCAGUAUAGAAUCAACAACCAAAUUGUUGCUAUUCAAAAUCUCAUCACUAAAUAAAACAUCGUAAUAUGCGAAUUUUCUUCUUGGCGAAUGUCGAACAAAAACUAAUAUAGAUUUUUUUCUUUAUUUUAUCGUCCAUAGAAACAUUUGGUAAUGAAAACUAAUAUAUUGAGAAAAAUCCCAUCGAAAUAGAAAAAUAGUUACGGAUCCUGAAAGAAAAGACAAAAACGAUUGUUUUUCUUCCGGAUUCGUAACUCGCCAUAAUUCUAAUUGCGAUGAAAUUUACCGUCGAAGUUGGUGAUCAGAUCAUUUGAUUAUUUUUUUUU